AUGCCUCCUUCAUAUGAACCACUACCAUCCAACGACUCUGAGCAAGAUAUAACCCAACCUCAGACCAGCGCUCCGCAGAAAGCCGGCAAACAGCCUAUAACAAGAAGCAAUCUGUUGUUUAUAGUCUUCGGAUUUCUUGUCACUGCAUUUGUCUUUUAUAAAGCAGGCCAGUGGUCUGUCUCGCUGUUACCUUCUACUUCCGUAGAACAAUCGUCUUCAAUACCUACUGGGGACGUCAAGGAGAACGAGAGUGUACCGGACGACAACUUGAAAAACGGUUCAAGUUCAAGCUCAAGCGCGAGCACUAUCGACGAAACUAUGCCUGGAAAAUACAGUGUUGGAUAUUUUGUGAACUGGGGGAUCUACGGACGGAAAUUCCCGCCUUCCUCGAUUCCGGUGCAGGAUCUAACUCACAUCUUAUACGCCUUUGCCAACAUCAACCCAUCCUCCGGCGAAGUCUCUCUAUCCGAUCUCUGGGCCGACCAAGACAUCCAUUACCCGGGCGAUUCCUGGAACGAUGUUGGGACCAACCUCUACGGUAACUUCAAAGCCAUCUACCUGCUCAAAAAGGCCAAUCGGCAUCUCAAACUCCUUCUGUCCAUCGGGGGCUGGACUUAUUCGCCUUCGAUUCAUCCUGUUGUGGUAUCUCCUCCCCUACGAGCAAAGUUUGUUGAGAGCGCGGUGAAGCUGCUGGAAGACUAUGGGCUGGAUGGGUUGGAUGUGGACUAUGAGUAUCCGCAGAACGAGGCCCAGGCCCAGGGAUAUGUGGAUCUGUUGAGAGAGUUGAGGGAAGCGUUGGAUAGGCAUGCGAUGAAUAAAAGGGCAGAUUAUAGGUUUCUGUUAACCAUAGCAGCUCCCUGCGGACCAGACAACUACCAAAAGCUACAUAUCCGAGAGAUGGAUCGGUAUCUUGAUUUUUGGAAUAUGAUGGCAUACGACUUUGCUGGCUCCUGGGACCAAGUCGCCAAUCACCAAGCCAACCUCCACCCAUCACCGUCUACUGCGCUUUCUGUCUCCCAAUGCAUUUCUUACUAUAUUUCUUCCGGCGUUGCUCCACCCAAGCUAAUCAUCGGAAUGCCUCUCUACGGACGCUCUUUCCUCCAGACCCAAGGUCCGGGAACCCCAUUCAACGGCGUCGGCCAAGGAAGCUGGGAAGCCGGCGUAUACGACUAUCGCGCUUUACCCCUACCGGGCUCACAUCUCAUGCAAGACGACAAAGCCAAAGCUAGCUGGGGAUACGAUUAUCAGAAGCAGGAGAUGAUUAGCUUUGAUAGUGAGGAUGUGGGAAGAUGGAAAGGCGCGUGGAUUAAGAAAAUGGGGUUGGGUGGAAGUAUGUUUUGGGAGUUGUCUGGAGAUAAAGGUGGUCCUGAGAGGAAGGAGAUGGAGGGUGGACAUGGGAAAGAUCCUCAGCCUGGGCAGAGCUUAGUUAAGGUUGUGAAGGAAGCGAUGGGUGGGAUCGAGAUGGGUCAGCACAAUUGGUUGAACUACGAGAGCAGUCGGUUUGAUAAUCUGCGGAAUGGGAUGCAAUAA